UGCAAUUGGUAUUUAAGAAAUCGAAGCAAUGGAAUUGGAAGUAGGAAAAGGCCAAGACGAAUCUGCUGUAACUUCUUGUGGAUGGAAGAGGUCCAUUGAUGGUCGCUUUAUGAGCAAUUUGAAGGAUUUUGUGAAUACCCCUAUGGCUGAUCACAAGGUUUGCUUCAAAAAUACUAUUGACGAGAAGGUUGAAAAUUUUCUAAAGCAAGUUCAUAGGCUUAAAAGGUGGGAAAAGUUCUGCGACCAUCCAAUGGCUGCCCGCAGAGGAGAAUCAUUAGAGAUUAGAUCGGACAUGACACACGCAUAUGCAGCUUUUGAUCAAUUUUAUUAGUAUUUCAG